AUGCCUGCAUUGCCUUCCACCUUUGCGGCUGUGAAGAAGACGCCGGACUAUAGCGGUGACACUCCAUCUAUUGCAGAGAGUGUGCCCGCUGAGGAGCCUGGCAACCUGCAGCCGUCAGACGGCGAUGCAUUGGAGCCGCCCGAGAGAUCUUCUCCCAGUCGACCAGAAGACCCAAUUGAGAUGGGAAUACUAAACCUCUCCAUUGCCAAAUCCCUUUAUGAAAAUUUUAUCAUCGUUCUUAAUCCGUACAUCAGCCAGCUUGAUCCUAAUCUACAUACUUUCCUUUAUGUGCGGCAAAAGUCAUCUUUCCUCUUCACAGCCGUUCUGGCAAUGUCCGCAAAGACAUUCAACCCUGUCGUGUACAAUGCGCUGUACGAUCAUGCGCAGGACCUCUACACCGAAAGUUUUCGGAAUGGCGCCAAAUCAACAGAAAUUGUCCAAGCCAUCCUCAUUCUCACCUACUGGAAGCAGCCGCAAGACACGAGGGCUUGGACCUCCUUGGGUUAUGCUAUUCGCAUGUGUAUGGACAUGGGAUGGCACAAGUUGACGGCCUAUUCCCAAGCUAGCCGUGUUACCGGAGAUGAGACGAGACGGCGAGAAAUUCGCAAUAUUGAGAGGACGUGGUAUGUAUUGUUUGUAUAUGACCGAAGGUAUGUUUUGAUGCGCAACUGUGACCACGUGGCCAAUGCCAAUAUUAACAUCUUCCAGCAUAAGCCUUCAAACUGGACGGCCGUGGAUGAUUGA